AUGUCGUCGUCAAAAGUUGUUUUGUACGAUCUUCCCAGCCAACAAGGCACUGCGUGGUCAUUGAACCCGUGGAAAACUCGUAUGGUCUUGAACUACAAGAAGAUCGACUACACGACCGAAUGGGUAGAAUACCCUGACCUAGCCCCAAAGUUCAAAGCGCUUGGUAUCCCGCCCAACCCAAAGGACGCACCUGGCUAUUUCGCCGAUUACACCAGUCCCGCCAUCAAACAUGCGAAUGGUACCUACCAAAUGGACUCAUGGCCCAUUGCUUUCGAGCUCGAGAAGCAGCACCCAAGUCCUUCUCUACACCUCGACGACCCGAUCGUUGAGAAGAUUAGAGACCACCUUCCCAAGUUGAUGGGUCCACUCAGGCUAUUACUUAUCCCUCAGGUGCCAGUAGUGCUGUUGAACAAGCCUAGUGCAGACUACUUCUUCGAGACGAGGGAGAAGAUGUUCGGGAAGCCGCUGGACCAAGUAGAGAAAGAUGCUAACGCGGAGGAAUGCUGGGAGCAGGCCAAAGCGCCGGCGAAGGAGGCAGGAGAUCUGCUGAGGAAGAAUGGCGGCCCUUAUUUCCUGGGUCAGACUGUCUCCUAUGCUGACUUCAUCUUCGUGUCGAUGUUACAUUUUGUCAAGUGCAUAAGCGAAGAUCUGUUCAAGAAACUCCUAGCACUGGACGAUGCCUUCCCGAAGGUAUACGAGGCAAGCAAACAGUGGUUGGAGAAAGAAGAUUAG